GCCUCUCUAACUUGACAGUGUUGGUGUUUGCGGGUGCUGAAACGCGGUGGACAGCAGCAGCAGCAGCCGGAUAAAAAUCUGCAAAGAUGGCCUCGGCAACAGCAACCUAUGGACAGAAAGAGUCUUCGGACCAGAACUUUGACUACAUGUUCAAGAUCCUCAUCAUUGGCAACAGCAGUGUGGGGAAAACCUCCUUCUUGUUCCGCUACGCCGACGACUCGUUUACGCCGGCGUUCGUCAGCACGGUGGGGAUUGACUUCAAGGUGAAGACCAUCUACAGGAACGACAAGAGGAUCAAACUACAGAUCUGGGACACGGCGGGUCAGGAGCGUUACCGCACCAUCACCACGGCUUACUACCGAGGAGCCAUGGGCUUCAUCCUGAUGUACGACAUCACAAACGAAGAGUCCUUCAACGCUGUCCAGGACUGGUCGACUCAGAUUAAGACAUACUCGUGGGACAACGCCCAGGUGCUGCUGGUGGGAAACAAAUGUGACAUGGAGGAUGAGAGGGUGGUGAGUGCAGAUAGAGGCCGGCAGCUCUCAGAACACCUCGGUUUUGAGUUCUUUGAGGCGAGCGCGAAGGACAACAUCAACGUGAAGCAGACCUUUGAGCGCCUUGUCGAUAUCAUCUGUGAAAAGAUGUCUGAGAGCCUGGAUGCCGGCGAUCCCGCCGUGACGGGGGCCAAACAGGGGCCCCAGCUGACAGAGCAGCCUGCCCCUCCCCACCAGGACUGUGCAUGUUAAAGCUGACUCGUUUCCCACGCCCCUUUCCCCUGCUGUGUUUCCCCCCCUGUACUUCUUUAGCCGGACCCCAGGUCCUUGGAUCCUUACUUCAGCAUCCUGUUCACUCCUCUUUCUGCUUCUUUGUUGUUUGGCUGAUGACCACGAGAGAAGGGCUGGAAAAGAGUCAGAAAUGCUGCGAGCAGGUGGGGUUCCCCACGUUUUAAUUGCGUUUCUGUUGAGUUUCUCCGCAAACAGGAGACUUAAAGGUGUCUUCAUGAGUGCAGGUGUUGAUCGGAUGCCAAAGUAAAACCAGUAAAACCAGAGCAUCUCUGACUCUUUGCAGCCUUGGCUCCCCCUGGUUUCCCUGAUCUUCGUUAUGGUUUUACAAGAAGGAUUUGACGGCAAGCAUCCUCAGAGUGCCAUUUAAAUCCUUCCAAAGUUUACAGUUCUUUGUUUCAUGUCUUGAAGAGAUGAAAGCCUUGGGUUUGGUCCACUGUGGAGUUAUGCAGGUGUUACGACCCAAUACAAUUGAUGUAUAACAUUUCAGAUCCGUCAUAUAUCAUUCAUUUUGUAUUCUUACCUAUUUAAACUUGAAAACUGCAGGAAUUAGCAAUCAUGAGCUUUUCCACGGCUCCCCUGAGCAUCUUUCAUCACCCUUUUUUACACCUUUGUUCCUUCUGGAAAUUUUACUUUGUAUUUUCUGGCCUUGUUCUUUUCAUAACUUAAACCACAGAGAAAGAGAGAGUUAAAAAAUAGACAAGGUGAAUAUGAGAGGGGGGGAAAAAACUAUUUAAAUGAAUAGAAAUUUUUUAUUUUAAUUAUAUUUAUUUCAGAUGUACAUAUAAAUGUUGUGCAAUAUAUACAUAUACAUAUAAUAUCUACAGGUAUGCACUUCUGGAGAAACAUUUUAAAAAGUAUGAUGUACUGCAAGAAUAGUGUUGGAAAAAAAAGGUGUUUUGUUGUAGGAUUUGUUUGUUUGCUCCUCAGGGAGUUACUGUUUCCCUGCUUUUGGCUCCUUUUAGGAGUGAUGCAAUUUUGAAACUUUUAUUUCAGACCAGAGAGUCAGGAUUGCAAAUUGCAUACCUAGAUUCCUAUGUCACUAUAAUUCUUUUACAAAAAACCCGAUUGAAAUCAAGAUAUUAAAAUCAUCGCAAGCAGACAGGGCUUGAAAGCACCCGGCAGAGUUUGAUGGUGGGACGUUCAGGAUAAAUCAGCUAUAACCAUAAUGUCGCACUAAUCCUGGAGUAAGACCGUUAUGCUGUUUUAGAGCUGGAUUUUAACCUUAAUAAAGUGACACUAAAAGUUUUUAAAGAUAAUUUCCGAGACACAAGGUUGUCUGGUUUGUCGCUGAGAUUGUAAGCGUUAUGACUGUUUGUCAUUUUAUUGAUAACUGUGUAGAAAAAAACAAACUCACUUUCCAAACAGCUUUGUGCUUUCUGAACCAUGGGGAGAUGGAUUUUAAGGAGAAAAUUAACAUUGUUGCUCAUUUUAUGUUAUUCUGCUUUCAUAUCGGAGGAAACAGAAGGAGAGAAUUGUGUUGACUGACUUUGUUGUUGUCACAGGAUAUGUGUUUGUAACAUUUGUGCUAUUUAUUUGGUAUUAGUCCUAGACAGGUGGGACACUACAGCAUGCUCCUUCUGCGAUGACGUUGCUAAAGUUACCAACUUUGUAUUUUCUCUUCAGAGAAAUCAAACCUAAAUAAAUCAAAUUAGGAAUUUAAUUUGUAUUUUUUUUUCUUUUUUUUUUGAUGUUUAUAAACUAAAAACAAAAGAGUUGCUUGGCAUCCCCUGGUAAAGAUGUAGAAAAAGGCAUUAGAGUAUCAUUUUGGGGUUUUGGAUUGUUUUUUUAUAGUUACAGCAGACAUGAACAUGUUCAAGUGAAGCGCUUUUUCCUUUCGGUAAUUCUCUGAUAUACAUUAUAAAUAUGAACACACAUCUGCCUUAACUACACUGUAUGUUCACUUGUCUUUCCUGUUUUGAAUAUUGGCUAAGUGAAACAGGCCUAUGUGUUCUAUCAUAUUUAUAUUAAACAUGCAGCAAAAUGAGAUUUAAUUAUCUGAUUUUGUAAAGCUCUGACCUCUUGGUACCAUUUCAGGUGAUUCUUUUAAUUAACACUAGUUUCAGCAUAAACUGAAACAUUUACUGUCCCAACAACCAAAUGUUUCAGGUAAAAUAUAGCUAAAUGUUUCUCAAAACCGCUAAAAAUAUUCAGAGCAAUCAAGUCAUGGAGUUUAUGAGACUGGGGUAUUCAUAACUAAAAUCCAAAUCGGAUUAAUUAAAACACAUCUCCUACCUACAGGGAAGAUUAUAAAGUUUUUCUUUUUGUUUUAUUUUGCCGACAUCAAAAUGCUGACGAUCGCCAAAUGACAAAAUAUAUUUUUUUUAUAGUAUCUAAUUUUAAAGUGUGCAACUUAGUAACUGAGAGGGAAAAUACCAAAUUUUAUGUUCUAGAUUGAAAAAUAAUAUGUUUCCCCCAUUUAAUAUAAUAUAGGAUCUUGACUUCCUCGAUCAUUCCCUGGACUUUUGCAAAGAUCUAGAAAGAGCAAAUGAGUAUCGUAUUCCUUUUUAAUCUGCUUAAUUGGUGCUCGUUAUGCUUCAGUUCACAUCUACAGGUGUUUUCAAUAUAUGAAAAUAUAGAAAAGGCCACUUUCUGUUGUGAAGGUUUAUUAACCUUUUAUAUCAGGAGCAGUCUGUUUUAAUAGUUUUUCAGAACCAAAACAAAACAGUCUUUAGCAUCUUGUAAAAGCAUUUAGCAUGAUCGUUGUGGCUAACAUUACCAACAGCAGUAACUGUGUGUAGUUCCUGUAGAGUCCACAUUUACUAAUGCUGCAUGUUCCAUGACAAACAGAAUUGGACUCAAUAAAAGGGUAAAAUAGAGUAACCUUGUUAUAAUACGUUCAGCUUCCUUUUAACUGCUUAUUUUCAACUCUGUGUUUAUAAGUAACAGCCUGAAUUAUAGCCAACAUGCCUAAGUACCGAACAUAAUUUCCUCUUGCUAAUGCUAACACCUCGGUUAUACUGAAAACAGUUGACUUAAUCGUCUCCCUUCAGUAACAACUUCAACACUGAAGAGUGUUGUCAGCACGAUCUUUUUGUGCUUAUAUGGUGCUUUUAUCGAUCAGCAAAUACGUUGGGUUUUGUGUUUACGAGGCCGAUCACUUAAACUGACCAUCACUAGUCGAUUUGUCGGUACAAAUCUAAUUCAUACACCCAGUGAAAAAGGAAGUCAUGGAUUCUUUACAAAAUACUCUUGAGUCUGCGUAAAUUGUAGAUGCUUCAGUUACUUGUGUUUUAAAGUAAUUGGGAGGGAGUAGUGUCAUUAACUGGGUAAAAAACAGUUACACAUCUUUACCAGGGGUGUCAAUAAUUGUGAAAGAGGUUGAACUCAACAAGUCUGGGCAGGAAUCAAACCCGUAGCAAGAGGGACCAGUCAGAACCUUCAUUGGUUUUCUGUCUCACAUUAGAAAACCUCGGCUUAAACUAAAUCAAUGCACACAUUUAACGACUCGUUUUUGCUGUUGCUCACAUCUGCAGGAGGCUUGAUCGACUGCAGUAACUCAAGGGGCUGAAAGGGAUACUUUUCCCAUUUCAGCAUCUGUACAGAAACUCUAUCAGAGCAGCACUGCUGGACUCUCACAGGGUGUAAAUGUUUGUCUGUUUUUUUUUUUUAGUUUCAGCUGGUUAAAUGUUGCAAAGGAUAAAAAAGGUGGAGGCAGAGCAGGCAGCUUGAACAUGCUGGUCUAAAAAACUCUACUAUUCGAAAAGUCAACACAGUGACGCUUUUAUGGGCGCGCCCUUCCUCAGAAAGUAUUUACACACUCGAUUAACUACAAGCCAAGACCGGUUUUCUGGUAUUUUCUUCAUUUGAUUAUGGAUCUGUAGAAGCGGCUUACUGUUUUUGGCCCGUAAAGCCGGACAAAGAGUGACAGACGAGUUUUAUGGGUUUAGAAAUGCAAUAAAACAAGUUUUGGCAGGAAAAAAAAACACCUAAGAUGAGGUUGUCAAUGAACUGAGAUUGCAAAAAAAAACAACAACUUUGAAAACUGAAAAAAAUCUAUAGUACUAAAAUAGACUUGAUAAUGUCAGUGUUUUUGUUUCAUUUUAAGAGCAUCUGAAAUAACAGCUAAAGUUCCAGAAAAUGGAUUCAAUGCAUUUUUUUCCCUGUGAAUAUUUUUACUUCUUACUGGUUGUGACUGUUUUGAGUAAAAUCCAAACUGAUAAAACUGUUCUCCUUUCUAAUACGUCUUCCUCUCCAUAUAAACCGUCACCUGUAAAUACUGUACCUUUCAGUCAUGCGCGUGGAUUGUGUCGUGUCGACUCAGGCUUGCAUACAAAAACAAAGGAGUUAAAAAAGCAAAAGCCCUGAAUCCCCCCCCCCCCCCCCCC